AUGAGUAAGUCAAUUGCCGACGCUUUCAAAAGCUUGAAAGUCACUGGUGACUCUUCGCCAUCCGAAUUCAAACAUAUCUAUCAAGUGUCCUAUGAGUACUUAUCGAAAGUCAAAAAGUUUAAUGAUUUGCAAUCGUUCAAGAAUUGCCUUGUUGCAUUGAUAAAUUUGGAUCUGUACGAACAAGCCAACAAAAUCAUCGCCAAGGUUCCUGAAAAGCUUGUUGAGUCAUUGGUUUUGGAGAUCACGUAUGUCUACUACAAGAUUGGUAAAUCAAAAGAAAUCUUGCAACUCUAUGAGAGGUAUCAACCAAAACUUGAAUCCAAGCAAGUGCAAACAGGAUUGAAACAUGUUUUAGCGCAAACUUAUUACAAAAUUGGCGACUAUAAAAAAGCCUUAAAUUUGUAUAAAGAGUUGAUUAGUGAGUCAGCUGAUAAAAGUGACUUGUUGGUCAACGAACAAGCAAUUAUCUCACAGUUGAUUUUUGAGACUGGUGAGGUAGCAGUGUCAGGAUCCAGCACGGAGUUAGACCAAUCCAACUAUGAUAUGUUGUUCAAUGAAGCCAUCAUCGAAAUAGCUAAAGCAAACAACCACAAGGCCUUGCAAUUAUUGCAACAGGCUCACAAAGUGUGUUCUGAAAACAAUUUAACCGAUGAAGACGUUGAAACUGAACUACUUCCUAUCAAUUUAACAAUUGCUUAUGUGCAUCAGUUGCAAAAUGAUGUUGCAAAAAGUGAUGAAAUAUUGUCUGGCAUCAACAUUGACAGUGUUAAUGAUUCAUUACUCAAGUUAAUUUUAAAGAACAACAUUCAAUCGGAAAAGCCAAUAGAUAAUGCGAAUUUGAUUGAAAGACAGUUGAACUAUUAUGAGAUCAUACAACAAGUAAAGCAAAAGAUCACCUUGCUUCAAUUGGAAUCAGUUUUGAAAAACAGCUUGGUUUUGAGGUUUGCCACCGGUACAUUGACAACAAACUUAUUAAAUUCUGGGCCUAUUCUGAAGCUUGGAUUGGUCUCGGCUGCGUACAACGCGUUAUCAAAAAACGAUAUUAGUUACAGAAACCUUACGGAAGCUAAAAACAACAAGCUUGUGGGUAGAAAAUUGGUACGGUAUAUUCAGCAGGAUAUCAGACCUGAUCUCAAAGAAGCCGCAGUGUUGCUUUUGAUCCACAUCAACUCCCAAGUUGGCACCUUUGAACAAAGUUUGCCCUUUUUGGAAACUCUUGCCAAGCAAUCUCAAGAUCAACCGAAAUUUUCCCCAGGAAUCGUAGGAACCCUUAUACAAGUUUACGAAGCUACCCACAAUACCAACAAAUUAAAGUCUCUACUUACAACUUUGACUGAGAAGUUGUUGUAUACAGCAGAGGAUGCUUUCAAGGAUGAAAACUACUACAACGCUGCUAAAAUCAUUGCAAUGAAAAACUUUAGUUUUGAUAAUGACAAUUCGAGACAAUUGUUGGAGUAUCUACACAGUUGGAGACCUGAUGAUGAUUUGAUAAAUUCCCUUUUGACAAACUCAAACGACAACUUGAUGCCUAUUUCGGAAUUAGAAUCAUCUGAAUCUAUCAAAGACAUAUUAUCCAUCAACUUGGACGAAUUGAUACCAACCAAAAGCAAACCAAUUCAAACAGUGGCUAAAAAAUCAAGUAAGGUCACAAAAAAGAAGCGUGCUCCAAAAUUUGGUAAAGAUAAGGUAGUUAAACCAGAAGAUGAAUUCAAAUUAGACGAGGAGCGGUGGUUGCCUUUGAAAUUGAGAAGCUACUACAAACCAACAAAGAAGGAUAAAAAGAAAUUGGGUGGAGGGCAUCAAGGUGCAGUUGAAUCGUCAUCACCUGUACCUACAUCGCAUACUCCACUGAGUAGUAGUAACAAAAAGAAGAAAAAGAAAGGUAAAAAGUGA